GAGAUGGAAAUUGCAGAGAAGAAGGAGAAGGAAUUGGAUAAUAAUACUCAAUCGGUUGUUGAAUCGGCGGAUAACAAUAACAAUGACAACAAAGACGCCGAAGAACGCCUUGCUCGUGACCUCAAAACCGGUCUUCAUCCUCUCAAGAACAAGUUUGUCUUUUGGUACACUCGUCGAACACCUGGCGUUCGAACUCAAACUUCAUAUGAAGACAACAUAAGGAAAAUUGUAGACUUCAGCACGGUUGAAGGCUUUUGGGUAUGCUAUUGCCACUUGGCUCGUCCUUCUUCUUUACCAAGUCCCACUGAUUUGCAUCUUUUCAAGGAAGGAAUCCGCCCACUUUGGGAGGACUCUGCUAACUGCAAUGGUGGUAAGUGGAUAAUAAGAUUCAAGAAGGUUGUCUCAGGUCGGUUUUGGGAAGACCUGGUUCUGGCUUUGGUGGGUGACCAACUUGACUAUGGCGAUAACAUAUGUGGUGCUGUCCUAAGCAUCCGGUUUAAUGAAGAUAUACUGAGUGUGUGGAACCGCAAUGCUUCUGAUCAUCAGGCUGUAAUGGCUCUAAGAGAUUCAAUUAAACGGCACUUAAAGCUUCCCCACAGCUAUGUUAUGGAAUACAAACCCCAUGAUGCUUCUCUCCGUGACAACUCGUCCUAUAGAAACACAUGGUUGAGAGGCUAGAGAUACAUUAGGUUGCUUCAUUGCCCUUAUGGAGAAAGAAUAGCUAGUCUAGGGAGACUUCUGUUCAUUCACUGAUCACAAUCCAUUAUCAUGAGUUGUGAACUCAGAAUCAUGUGGGGUGUCCUGCUAUCCAGAAAUUGUGAAAUUGAGCUACCUUUAGGACAGCACCCUUCUGAAACUAAAGUUAAUUUUCAUCAAUGCAACACUGAAUAUUGUUUUUCA